UUCUUCGUUUUAUUUAUCCCUAGAUCAAUGCAAUAUGGAGGCUUCGGAGCAACUUUUGGCCACGAAAUCAUGCACGCCUUUGACAAUCGGCACAUCUUCUACGAUGCCAACUACGAGCUGGAGCCAAGCUGGAACUCGGCCGUCAAUGACACGUACAUGGAGGGAGUCAGUUGUCUGGUGGACAUGUACAGUACAUUGUCAUACGAUGAAAUACAAGUAAGAGAAAUUACGAGAUCAUCAUCUUCAUGGAAGUAGGUAUCUGACACCAAUGUUCAUGCUAUUAUAUUAUAAAGACGUCUAUGCGAUCAGAUAGCAUAUUAUAUGUUUGUUCAUAUAAAUAUAUGGCAUUGAUGAUCAUGUUAGUUUAUAUGAAUCUGUAUAAAAGCGAGUCGUAACAUGACAUUAAUGUUCAUAUGAUUAAUAAUAGGACAUUAAUGUCAAUGCAGUUAUUUGCAACUGCUGUUCAUUAUUUAAAUGCGCUAGUAUAUGAAAUUAGUGUUUAUGCAAGUGUUUAUUUGACAUUAAUGAUCAUGCAAUUAAAUACAUGGUAUAAAUGUUUGCGAUUAACGAUUUGAUUUUGAGUUUCAUGCAAGUAGGUCAAUUCAACCAGGUUCAUAUGCUUACAAAAAAAAACAAAAAAAAACAAACUAAUACUUGAUUUUUAUAACGGUUUUAUUGGUAAUCGAGUGUUUGCUGUCUUUAAUGAUUUUUAAUGGAAUAUAUAGCAUUAAAUUUUACGACUGGAUAUUUUAAAUUAUUUUCAAUUUUCCAUUGGUUAUUCUCGCCUGUCUUCAUUAUUUCAAUCAAUUACCUCUUACGUUUUAUGAUGUCAGCGAGUUAUCUCUACCUUCCUACUUGAAAACAAAAACAAACAAAAAACGCUAUUUUUAUCCCUAUGUAAGUGCCUGCGCUUAGAACGUGAUCCGAUGUAAUGGCGUCCAUGGAUCGUGCUACUGCGUGGCUUAUCUACAUUUGGUACAAAAUAGCAUGUCCUUAAUACAAAAUAAUUGCCAGUUUUCAUAGUGUUAAUUUGUUGGUCUUAAUCCUGAAGGCCAACGGAUACGCCAACGUUAAUGAAGACGUGUGCGACAACGAGGGCUUAAAACUGACUUACAAGGCAUAC